CGCUCAUUUCUGUUAGAGUGCUUGGAGACUUCACUUCGCGUUUGGAGGAUCAGAUCCACGUUGGUUUUUGGCUUCAAUUACCCACAACUGUCAUCGUCAGCCCAGUCAGCGCCUUGCUAACUAAACUAGAUAAUAAAGUAAUCACAACCCCGCGCUCCCCUCCCUCUCUCUUUCGGUCGUGUUAGUGCGCCCCGCGAUUAAUAAAAGAAAAUAAUUAAAAGGAAAGCAAAAGGAAAACUGACAGCGUUUUCCUCUCGCAGCUGAGAAAAACCGCAGGACGCAGCUCAGCAGCAGCGUCGUAGUCGUGUGCGUUGUGCAUAAGAAAAAAAGAAGAAAAAAAAUCUUGAAAAAAGAAAUCCUGUAAUAUUGCAGAAAAAACCGUAAUUCGCCACUUGAAACGAAGGAAAACGAGAAAAAACAACUGCGUCGUGCACCAUUUUGUGAUAUAUUUUUUGCCCUCCUCCUUCUUCAACGAUCCCUGUGCAAUUCUCUGUUAAAGAAAAAAAUUAAAAUAAUUACUAGCAACCAAUUGAAUUUCUACGAGACCAACAUAACACACAAAAAUUUCCCACUACUGUGAUCCGAACAAAGCUCUAAGUUUUUGUUUCAAGCCUGUGUAAUUUCCACCCACAACGAAUUGGAAAACUCGUACUCCGGAUUAUUUGCGGCAGUCACGAAGCAAAAAACACAAGCGCAGCCUAAUAAUUGGACGAACUGAUUAAACAACAGUUAAAACAAGCAAAAACAACGGCGGAUCAACAGUUGCCAGUUGCGAGUCGCAAGUUGCAAGUCGCUAGUUGCACGUUGCCAAUCUGAAAAUUGCACGCUUCCACGACUGAGAGCAGGAAGGAAAGGAAUCGCUGCCGCAGCAGGAAGCAGACGAAACUUCGCUGGGCGAAAGUAAAAGCAGGCUAGGCAAAUCAAGCAAAUCAAACAAAGAAACCGACCGCACAGACACACAAAGGCGCUCUAGCCAGCCAUGGAACGUGAAUCUAACCCAAUGCAACCCAUGUGCCGCUCCGGUUGCGGCUUCUAUGGUAAUCCAGCCACAGAUGGUCUCUGCUCCGUAUGCUAUAAGGACUCGCUUAGAAAAAAGCAACAGCCACCUGUGAGCAGCACACCUGUCUCCGUUCCAAGCCCACAACCUAGCCCCACAUUCAGUCCGGCCAUCGCAAUCACCAACACCGCACAGCCCACAGUCACCAGUUUACAACAGCCACACAACGAUGUCAAAGAGAAAAUCACCGAAGAAGCCGCCGCUGCUGCCAAAGUCAACAGCGAAGCCAUCACAUCGGCGACUGGUCCAAACACUUCCACACAAGCAGCCGCCUCCGCCAACGAGGAGGAUGACAAGGACAAGGAAGACGAUAAGGAUGCCAAAAAGAAGAAGAACCGAUGUGGCGAGUGCCGCAAGAAGGUUGGACUGACCGGUUUCCAGUGUCGCUGCGGCGGUCUGUACUGCGCCGUGCAUCGUUAUUCUGAUAAACAUAACUGCACAUUCGAUUAUAGAGAGCACGGCGCACAGGAAAUCCGACGCAACAAUCCGGUUGUCGUUGGCGAGAAGAUUCAAAAGAUUUGAAUUUCGAUAUUGUGCCAGUAACAGUAACAGUAGCCGUAGAAUGAUAAUAACCAACUACACAUAAUAAGAGUACAUAUAUAUAUAUAUGCUGCGCUAUAACAAGGAAAACAACAACCAACCAACAACCCACAACAGCAAAAACACCAACAGCCGAAAGCAUAAUCACACACCCACACAACACAAAAAUACACAGAGAGUAAUACUAAAAGAAUCGAUAUAAAACUGUAAUUGUAAUGUAAUUAUAAUGUAAACAGCAAAAGCAAGCAACAAUAGUUCAGAGAAACGAUAACCAAAUACCCCGCAAAAAAUGCAGCAACAACUGGAACAACAAUUUCGAUGCUCAACAACGUUAAGCUAGCAACGUCCAGCAGCAACCUGCGGCAGUAACUUGCAGCAGCAAAACGCAUCAGCAAGCAGCGUUCAGCAGCCAACACCUUUGUACAUCUUGAACCAGACGCGUGACAGCGUUAGCAAGUGCAACAACAAUCACCGCCGCGUUUGUGGAAUCCGAACAACAGACGCAGCAACAUCAACAACAACCAGCACAACCGAUUGCCUUGGUCGCCUGCUGAGCUGGGCCGAAAAAAAACAGUUUUGAAGAAAACACCAUUCAUUGAUUAACGUUGAAAUAAUUUGUUAUUCCAAAUACAAUUUGAAAAUUGUUUGUAUUUAGCUAAAAACACAUCAAACAACACACCGCCACAUUUACAACGACAACAAGCACACAACAAACAACAAACCUUUGUUUCAUGUUACCAAACACCGCAACAAUCUUUUAGUAAGACAAUGUGUGUCAUUUGUUUUUGUAAUAUGUUGGAGUGUAUUAAAUAAAAAAAAGAGUAAAUUAAAAAUGCAAA